AUGGAAAAUGAAAAAAGCAGAUAAAUUUAAAAAAAAGAGCUUAGAAGUUUUUGUGACCCAUAUAAUCUUAAUCAUUAAGGGCUAUCAGUCAAUUAUGGUUCCAUUUAUCAUCUGGAUGUGAAGAGAAAUAAGAAUUUGGUUAAUCCUUCAUCUUAAUUUAGGGAAUCUAUAUAAAAUAUGUUCAUAUAAUUCUUACACAUUUUUCAAAAAGAGCACUACGAAGGCCACAUCAAGAACUGCCAAAGGAAAAUCGAUGUUGAUGUUGAUCUGUUAAAAUAGAUGAGUAAUGUUGCUUCGAUAUAUUUGAUAAGGAAAAUUAAUAUCAUGAUAAAUUUAUAUCUGGAAAUUUCAAUAAUAAAUAUAAGAAAUAUUAAUGAAUAAGAUGCAAACCUAUAAUAUUUAUCGUUAAAACAUUAAAAAUGAAUAUUUAAUCAUUUAAGAAAUCUAAAACAAGCCAUUUUAUAAAAAAAAUCCAAUUAUUCACUUCAUAAAUUAGCAUAAAUCAAUCUAAAAAUUGGUCCACCCACUUAUUAAUUAAAUAUUCAUAUGAGUUGGAAUGCAGAAAACCUUGAGGAAGGUGAAGUUAAACCAACUGAUUCCACUCCAAUUUUGGGUGGAGAAUAGAAUGCAGGAGGAUGGUAAGUAGAUGAAGUGAAAAAAACUCAAGAUAAUUAAUGGGGGCAAGAUGAAAAAAAGGAGAACAAAGAAAAUAAUGUUAAAAAUGAGGCAUAAGGAACAUCAGGAGGUUGGGGAAACCAACCUGAGUAGCAAUAAUCCUCUUGGGGAGAAAGUAAAGCUGAAAAUAAUGAUAAUGCUUGGGGAUCAGGAACUACAGGAUUUGGAACCACAACUACUGGAGAUAAUGCAGGAUCAUCAUGGGGAGGUGGUUCAACAUAAUGGGGAAGUGGAGGGAAUUCAGAUAAUAAUUUUUAAUCAGAUCGACCAAGAGGUCGAGGAAGAGGAGAUAGAGGAGAUAGGGGAGGCGGUUUUAGAGGCAGAGGAGAUAGAGGAGAUGGUUUUAGAGGAAGAGGAGACGGAUUUAGAGGAAGAGGAGACCGUGGAGAUAGAGGAGGAUUUAGAGGUAGAGGUGAUAGAGGUGGAGAUAGAGGAGAUAGAAGAGGUGGAUUUAGAGGAGGUAGAGAUAAUGGUGGAAGUUGGGGAGGAAACUCAAACAAUAAUAAUAAUGGAGGAGGAAAUAGUUGGGGAGGUAAUGGAGAAGGAAAUUCUUGGGGAAAUUCAGAUAAUAAGGAUAAUUCUGGAGGUGGCUGGGGUAGUUCUUCAGCUAAUGAAUAACCAGCUUCAUCAGGCGGAGGAUGGGGAAGUACUGCAACAGAACAGCCACAAUAAUCUGGAGGAUGGGGAAAUUAGACUGAAUAACCAGCUUAAUAAACAUCUGAAGGUUGGGGUAGUAAAAUAGAAUAGCAACCAUAAUAAGGAGGAUGGGGAUCUACAGCAGAAUAAGCUCCAUAAUAACCUAGCGAUGGAUGUAAGGAAUAAACAACUGAAUAACCAGCUUAAUAAUCUAAUGGAUGGGGUUCAUCAAAUACUGAACAACCAGCAUAGACAUCAGGAGGAUGGGGAUCUUAAACAACAGAGUAACCAUAAUAAUAAGGAGGUUGGGGAUCUACAACAACAUAAGAAUAAUAGCCAACAUCAGGCGGUUGGGGUUCAACAACAUAUGCAACAUCAGAUUAACCAUAAUCUGGAGGAUGGGGAUCUACAACUGAAUAAACAAAUACUUCAGGUGGAUGGGGUAGUUAACCCGCUCAAUCAAGUGGAGGUUGGGGAGGUUCAUCAGAUCAGUAAAAUGGUAAUUCUUGGGGUGGAGGAGGAGGAUCUGAAGAGGGACAAAGAGGACGAGGUAGAGGAAGAGGAGAUCGCGGAGAUAGAGGAAGUUUUAGAGGAAGAGGAGAUGGAUUUAGAGGUAGAGGAGAUAGAGGUGGCGGAGAAGGAUUUAGAGGUAGAGGGGAUGGAUUUAGAGGAAGAGGAGACCGUGGAGAUAGAGGAGGAUUCAGAGGUAGAGGUGAUAGAGGUGGAGAUAGAGGAGAUAGAAGAGGUGGAUUUAGAGGAGGUAGAGAUAAUGAUACUUCUGGAAAUUAAGGAGGUUGGGGAGGAGCCUCAAAUGAUUAAAAUGGUGGAGGAUGGGGAUCUUCUGCAACUGAAUAACCUGCUUAAAGUGGAGGUUGGGGAUCUACAGCUACUGAAUAACCACAAUCAAGUGGAGGAUGGGGAUCUACAGCAACUGAAUAACCACCUUAAAAUGGAGGGUGGGGAUCUUCUGCAGUUGAAUAACCUGCUUAAAGCGGAGGUUGGGGAUCUACAGCUACUGAAUAACCUGCUUAAAGUGGAGGAUGGGGAUCUACAGCUACUGAAUAACCAGCUUAGAAUGGAGGAUGGGGUUCUACAGCCACAGAAUAACCAGCCGAAUAACCUGCUUAGAGUGGAGGCUGGGGAUCUACAGCCACCGAAUAGCCAAAUUAAAGUGGUGGUUGGGGCAGUUCUGACGCUCCUUAAUAAUCUAAUGGUGGCUGGGGAAGCAGCAACAACGAUUAAUAAUAAUCAAACGGUUGGGGAAGCUCUGAUUAACCUAAAUAAAAUGAUGGAUGGGGAUCCAAUAAUCAAUAAUCAAACGGUGAAAGAGGAAGAGGUAGAGGAAGAGGAAGAGGUAGAGGAGGAGAUAGAGGAUUUGAUAGAGGUGGAGAUAGAGGAUUUGAUAGAGGUGGGGAUAGAGGAUAGGACAGAAAUAAUAAUAACAGUCAUGACAAUGAGAAUGGAGGUGAUUUCCCUACUGCAAAAAGAGUCAAACCUAACCCUGUUGUAAUUACAAUAUCUGACGAUGAAAAUGGCAAACCAUCUCCUAAUUUUAGUGAAGAUGAAUAAGAAAAAGUAAAUAUUAUAAAUGAAGUUUUAAAAUAAACUGUUGAUGCAAAAACAGUUAUUUUGUAGCUACCUGCAGUAGAUGCUAAAUUUUCCCCACUUUUUAAUCCUGAGCCUGACCCUGAUAGCUUAAAAACUGAUAAUUUAUGUCAUCUUAGGGGAGGUCUCUACCCACAUGAAUAACUAAAAAGAGUUAAAUUUGUUUAUACAGGAGGAAUCAAAGUAGAUUCUGAAAGACAACCAGUUGUUAAUUUAGUCACUUUUGAUAACGACUUAGAAUUUAUUGAAUCUUGUCCCAAAGUAGACUUAGCAGAAAAAUAAGGAAUUGAAACUGUAUUUUUAAGCCCGUUGAUUAACGAAUAUCGAAUUCUAAAAAAUGAAUUAGUCUAAUUGAGAUAAGAAGAGAGAAGAACAUAAAUUAGGAGAUAAUAUAUGGGAAUUGUUGAAGGAAUUGAUAAAGAGAACCAAGACUUAAUUUUUUAGGUUGGAUUAGCUUUACUUAAAGAAUAAAAGGCAAUCAGAUUGAAAUAUGGAUUUCUAUUUGCUGAAUUAACACUCUUCCAUAUUAAAUAGAUAUUUGGAAAUAUGGAUUAAGCCGAACAUUAGUCAUUAUAAGCCAAAGAAAAAGAACUGCGACCAUCUAAUGUAGUUUUUGUGGUUUCCAUAACACAGAAAUGGUUGAAUGAUGUGCCAAAAUUGAAGUGUAGAAGAAGAAAAGAGUUGUUAUGA